AUGUAUUGGCAAGAAUGGCUUACUGCACUCUCAGUCAACAGCAAUGUAAUUGCAAUACUAGAACCCACUGACGGCUACCAAACCUUUACUCUUAACACCACAAACAACAUCACUCGUGUUCUCAUCAACAACCCACCAAUCAAUCUUCUCGAUGCCAGCAUGCUUGCAGACUUCCACACUCUUCUCACUGGUCCCGCAUCCAACCUCGAUGGACCAAAAGCUAUAAUUUUCUCAAGUGCAAACCCAGAAUACUUCAUCGCGCAUUUAGACAUUCACAUCUUGUCUUCUGAUCACCCAGUUCCACCACCACUGAACAAUACCGAGCUCUCGAAUCUUUACGUUAAUGUUACUCGACUCCUUGCAACAGUGCCUGCUAUUCUGAUAGCAGAAGUCAGUGGCCAAGCCAUAGCUGCCGGCAACGAAAUGAUUGUUCAGAUGGACAUGAGAUUCGCUUCUCCGGGAGCAAGACUCGGUGCUGCUGAGGUUGGCGUAGGGCUUACUCACGCCGCGGGUGGGCUGCAGCAUUUGACUCGGCUCAUCGGUCCUGGACGAGCAGCAGAAUAUCUUCUAGGCAUUAUUGAUGCGGAUCUUGAUACUUUGGCAGACAUUGGAUGGGUAAACAGUGCUUUUGAGAGCGCAGCGGAGAUGCAGGCGCACGUUGAUGCUCUUGCAAGCAGAAUUGCAUUGUGGCCAAGAGGUGGGCUUGUCGCGACCAAGCAAGGGAUAAGAGAAGGCGGAUGGGAGUUUUGA